AUGGCGAAGCAAAAGUAUGGUUAUAUGGUGCCAGUUUACGGAGCCGUUAUUGUUAUAUCUUACGUUGGUAUGCGACUUUAGUCAUGUAACUUUCAGCUCUGUAUUAUUUGUUGAGCGGAGAGGGCUAUCGUUUCGAUAUCGGUUGGUUUUUGGAAAGUGCUUCCCCGUUCCUGUGGGCCUGCACAGGAGUCGGGCUCGCGAUCUCACUCUCCGUUGUUGGAGCGGCGUGGUAAGUUUGCAGAACAAUGCAAUACAAUGCCGUUUGUUUUAUUGGCUUGGUCGUUUGGUCUUUCGAAGAUCUUUACGCCAACAUUAAUGUCAUCCCACAAUUGCCGUUCUACUUUUUAUGUUCUAAAUGCUGGCACCUAUCAGACACUUUAACUUGUUUUUGUGCGCUAACAUUAAUUUCCAGGCAUUUGCGAGAUGGUCUGUUCCCAGUGCCUUCCCUAAAGUCGAGAAAGGUCCCUGAAUGGGUGCUAUGCGCUUAUGCGGAGACCUACCACGACGUUUAGCCUUAGGUGAGUAGCAUUCAGUGUCCGGCAGGUCUUCCGCAUAGCAUUGAGGAGAUUUUGACGCAACCCUAACAGCCGGAGGAAUGUGUCCGCAUACUCUUUUGUGCAGCCACCGACACAGCUGUUUGGUCAGAAUGCGCUGUCUCCCUAAGACGCCUAUUUUGCAAGGCAGCGGAAUCGUAUGGUCCAUUCAAGAUAAUUGUCUUUUUGCUGUCCAAUAGCCACGGCGUAAACUGCCGUCUAUGCAAACUGACAGUGUACGCCUCCGCGUUUGUUUGCUGAAUGAGGCCCACAGAUAUGCUGCAGACAUCAGUUUAACCUGAUAUUGAGAUUGAUGCUUCAGCUAAUGAUCAACAACCUGAACGCCAAUGUGCGUUGUGGAGCAACUCAGGGAGUAACUUUUCCUUGCUACCGUGUUUGCAGACUUGUUAGAAGCGUGAAGAUGUCUAAGCCGUCCCUGUGUAGCCCCGUUCAAAUCUAGUUUCUGUCAUCUAUCCCAUUAGAAUUCAGGAUCGGGUCCCAGUUUAUCCAGACUUACGGUUAGGCAUGCUUUUCUGACGACUAGUAAGCUGGUAAUGACACUCCAAGUCGAAUGAAUUUGUCCGUAUACCUACCUUCAUUUGCUAUCACUGGCGUUUCGAUGAAACCUAGAGGGCGCUGCUCCCGCUGCAAAGUUGGAAAUCCGGAUCUUUGUAGACCUGCGGGCGUUGGCCCACAACCGCUUUAACUUACUAGUCAAGUUGUUUAAUGGUAUUGCUUCCUGCCCCUCUGUUUUAUCAGCGACCUACGAGGACAGCUAGUAUUUAAGGUACACCGAGAAUAAAAAAGUGCCAAACUGGAAAGAUAUUUCUCGAGUACACUUCGAGCAUGUCUUAGUUCAACGCCGCCCAGUGACUUGCGUUUUCAGCGACACCAAUAUACCACUCGUAUAAUAAGUUUCUGGAAAGUGAUACUCUGUACAUUCAGGACAGCAGAUGCUUGCCAGUCUAUUUCUUUAGCACAGCUCGAAUUGUGUUUCGAAGGGAAUUUGGUGAAACCUAUCACCAGAGUCAAAGUUAUCUGAUCGUUCUCGACUGCGUAAAGGCCACUUACUCAAUCUCCCAUCUUGAUUACCGAGCGAGGCUCAUCGAUUUUCUCCAUACCCAACAAUUCUCGUCACAGAAUAAAGUAAAUAGUUUUGCUCUUGGCGUGGCGUCAUUGCCAGAUGCUAAGGAUUUGCCCAUGAUCUUGAGUUUCUGGCCGAUUGAUGUAAGUAUGGCAAGAAGUAGUGUCUCUGUGACCCGUCCCAGUUCGGACCACUUUAAACAAAUGCUAUCUACUGAACAGGCAGCUUAUGUCUAAGAUCUACAUCAGUUAGUUCGGUCCCCUGUGUGCUCCACGGCAUGGCUGGUGCAGGUAGGCGAAUUGUGCGUGAAUUAGUUUAUAGUGAUAACAGGCGUACCCUACAUCUGCCGCGCUCCCUUUCCUCGCCAGCGUCAGGUGAACCGGAGUAGAGCUCGGGUGCAGUGGUUGUCAGAGCCAAACAGCCCGGCUACGCAUGCCACGCAUGACUUAAUCCUCGGACGAUGUACCAGGUUUUCACAAAACAAGAUGUCGGCUCGGACCAAAUCUGAAUGGGAGAGCCACAGAGGCCAGGUCGAGAAGGGGUCAUUGAGCUGAACUUGGCCCACCAGUGAGUCACUCCAUGCACUCAUUGCUGACUACGAGGAUUGAGUUAUCCAGUCUGCUGGUAGCCAUGACUUUUAAUAAAUCUGACUUAUUAUAACAAGGAAUUGACUGAUGUGUCGUUGGGACGGAUUUCCAAGCAUUGACUUCCCCCUCCCCUCUCCACUAUUUGAGCAGGUCUGUCAUCUGGCGCUAGAGAAGUAUUCUUUUUGAGAAAGAGCCAUACUCCUUGCGCACUUUGUUUGGCACGUGUUAGUUUAAAAGUCAUGCUGGGGAACCUCACAGGAUUGAAACAAACCUAAUUAUCUUCCUUCUCCGGCCCAGCGCCGGCCGAAGUUAGAUAUCUCCUGCUUAAGACCUGGCCACGACCUAUGCCUCAUUUUCUAGAGGCCAGUUUAAUUUGUAACCAACUCACUCCCCCCCCCCCCUUGAGAACAGGUCGAGAUGCUGUUGCGCCAGCCAGGUUAAUUUUUUUACCUGUCCUUUAGGGGUAUUUACCUUACUGGCGCCAGCAUCAUCGGAGCAGGUGUCAAAGCCCCUCGCAUUCGGACCAAGAAUUUGAUCAGCAUUAUCUUCUGUGAAGCCGUGGCUAUCUAUGGUAUAAUUAUGGCAAUUGUCAUCGGAAAUCAAAUCGAGGUAUCUCAAUUUGCUUUAAAACACAACAUUUCUCCAACUCAUUUUUGUGGAUCUUCUAGGACUUCAUUUCUGUUGUCAUCUCAACUCUCAUAUUUAUGAUUUCUGCAGUUGCCGAAGACAGCUUUCAAGCUUUUAACAUAGGUUUAAUUAACUCUUUUUUUUCAAGUCACCAAUCACAUGUACUCCCUCUCUAUAUCUGUAGUCAAGAACUACGAACUGAUGCAGAUAGUUUCACUGAUGAAGUCUGACUCGUACUUAGGUAUGCGCGGUCGGUGAAGUUUGGAAAACCACUGAGGUGCAAACAGGAAUCGUCUUUAGCGUAUCACGUGUCUCCAUCACGUCUACCACUGUGAAUGAGAUGGAGUCAUUCUUAGUAGACGGUACCGUACUAGAGUUCGCUUGAUUGCGACACGCUUCACAUUAUAUGUGAUCUUUAGCCGAAACAUAUCGGGCCUGGAAACCUGUGCCUUUGCUUAGUUAUUGCUUUUUUCUCAUUACAGCCCUUUGAUCCCCAAAAGGCCACUGAUACUGUCCUACGAGCCAAUUACUUGGCCGGCUUUGCCAUGUUUGGCGGCGGUCUGACGGUUGGUUUUUGCAAUCUUGUCUGCGGUAUCUGUGUGGGCAUGGUCGGAUCAGGCGCGGCACUCGCCGACGCUGCUAAUCCCUCGCUGUUUGUGAAAAUUCUCAUUAUUGAGAUUUUCGCCAGCGCUAUUGGCCUCUUCGGUGUAAUUAUCUCCAUCAUACAGGUGAGCUCCAAGUCUCCAACCCCCUUUUUGCCUGCCUUUGACCACCCCUUUGAAACUUUUGGACUCCUACGCAAUUGCGCUUUUAAGAAUGACUAAGGGCCAGCUGCAAUCGGAGUGACCUUCGCCGAUUUGGCCCUGGGUAGAGUCGCCACUCGAGGUCGCUUUGCAAAGAGUGGGCAGAAUCCGCAGGUUUUACUCAUAAAAGGCAAGGUGGACGAGAAUGACCACUUCUGGCUUAGACCUAGGAUUUGGAAACCGGUCAGCGAAGUCUCCAGUUUGAAACUACGAGACAGAACGAACGCGUCACCACAAUGUGGCGGGGCAUGAAGUAGACACCCCAUGAGCCCUCGGCAUUUCCUUAGUCUUUUUUAUACCCAACCAUCCAUUACUCUCGUUUCCGUAUCUCAUUUCUUACAGCUAAUUACUCCAUGGUCUUAUUUAAAAGCAAAUCUCCGUGGUAACUUCUAGUCAUUACGAUUAUCUAGCGACCUGAGGAGGCAGUCCUCCUUUCUUCCACAGGCACAGUUUUCUGCGCUUUGGGCGUUUCCCAUACACAGCUGUUAGCAUUUGCGUCUUUACGUAUCUGUGACAAGCUGAGAGUUAGCAUCCGUCGUUACUGACGGGGUGUACACAUAGCCGUCAGGUCUUACAAGUUUCUUUUUUUGCUUAUUUUCAGACCUCACGCAUCCGGAUGGGUGAUAAAGCCGGCUAG